AUGGCCGAAAUGCACUCGCCGGUAUCGUAUAGCCCAGAUGCACUCGCCGGUGCCGGAUGGCCCAGAAGCACUCGCCUGUGCCGGAUUGUCCAGAUGCACUCGUCGGUGCCGAAUGACCCAAAUGCACUUGUCUCUCUUCUAGAUCCAGAAUUUCUGCAGAAGAUGUCGCCGUUUCCGGAUGAGAUUCUAGCAAACAUUCUUUCUCGAUUGCCUGUUAAGUGUCUGCUCCGUUCAAGGUGUGCAUCUAAAUCCUGGCUUGCCCUAAUCAGUACUUCAUAUUUCGUUAAAUUGCAUCUGAACCGAUCUGUCCAAACCAAGAGCAACCUCGACCUCCUCCUGUGGGACGGCGAUACCUAUAGGGUGGACUUUGAUUCCUUAGACGACACCGUUUUUCAACCUAUUGAUGUUGAUAACCAUCCGUUGAGGUGUUAUAAGAAUUACGAGACCCUUUGGGGCUCCUGUGAUGGCUUGCUUUGCAUGUCGAAUCCCAUUGGAGAUGUCAUUUUAUGGAAUCCUUCAACCAGGAAAUCUAUAAACUUGCCUUACACACCAACUGAAUUUUCCAGUGAGAAGAAAGUCUUAGAAAAUACUCGACGAGAGCGAGUUUAUCAACUUGGUUACGAUAACAUCAAUGGCGAUUACAAGGUGGUGAGACUUGUGGUACUUUAUGGGAGCCAGUUUAAAGAUUUUGAGGUUAAGGUUUAUAGUUUAAAAUCAAAUUCCUGGCAUAAGUCAGAGAAUUGUCUUCACUGUCCGGACUUUAACAGAACUGGAAAUUCAAUAGCCGGGGGAGCUAUGCACUGGAUCUCAGAUGUGAUAUCGGAUUCAAAAAAAGAAAGCUCAAUUGUUGCCUUUGAUCUUGGGACUGAGAAAUAUAGAGUAAUUCCUCCACCACCAGAGUUUUUUGGUCUUGAUUCUUCUUUAUAUUUGGAUAAUUUAGAAGGGUGUCUUUCAUUAAGUUAUCAAUACCAAUCAAUGAGUGUAGAUGUAUUUUUGUUAAAGGAAUAUGGCGGGAAAAGUGAAUAUUGGUCAAAAUUUGUUACAAUAUCACCAACAAUUCCUUUUACAUCCGUUUACACUGUGAAACCUAUUGCCUAUUCAAAAUGUGGUAAGAAAGUACUCUUGGACCUUGAUUUUGAGAUACUUGUUUGGUAUCAUUUAGAGCAUGAUUCACUUGAGGAAAUUUGGGUUGAUGGUAUGAAAAAAUUCCUUGAUGUUCUCACUUGCGUGGAAAGUCUCGUCUCCGUCGAUGUUGCCGCAGAUGUAACCAAUUCCAAUGCUAAGAAAAAACUUCAUAAAAAAGAGGACAAUAACAUAUUUUGGGUUUUGCAGGAACAAUUACUUAUAAAAGGGGUUCAGUUUGGUGCUAUAAUUCCUAUCAGGCUUGUUCGGUAUAAUUUAGAGCAGGAGUCAGUUGAAGAAAUUAUGAUUCAUGGUAUGGAUCUAUUCAUUCAAGUUCUCACCUUCGUGGAAAGUCUGUCUAGCUCCGUCGAUGUUGCAGCAGCUGUAACCAAUGCUAAUGCUAAAAGAAUCUUCAUGAAAAAGAGGAUAAUAAUAUGUCAUUCUUCGGAUAAAUUGAGAUAA